AUUUCAAUCGCCCCGUUGACCAAGAAUAAAUCAAUCAUGGCUGAAAAGAUAGAAAAUUGGACGUGUGAGGAACUUGGGAAGCUAGGAAUUGAUGCGUCAAUUGACAUAGCAAGGUAUAUUCUAAGUAUUGAGACAGCAGAAGAGCUGGAAGAAUAUAUGCUGGAACUUCUAGAUGGUUCAGAUCCAAGGAACAAGAAGUUUAUCAAAGAGCUGCUUAUUAAAUGGAGACCAUAUAACAGUGCUAUAGCAGACACAGGCAUACAGAUUUAUAAGAAAACAACCCAAGAAGACAGUUAUAUUGUUGGCAAGGAGAAGAAAAGAAGUCAGAAUACACAGAAGGAAAAGAAGCAAGUUCAGAAAAAUUAUGUGUUAAACGGUUAUGAGGUACAACAUAGAGGGAUUUUGCCUGGAGAGGAGCCGCCUGAACAGCCCAUACCAGUUCCUACAAAAGCUGUACAGCCAGACAAAGAUGUGAAGAAGAAACAAAAAUUUAUUCCUUUAUUCAGUAAGGAGGGACAGGCUUUAUCUGUGGUUCAGCUUGCUGGACGUCACGUGUGUGAGUGUCAGGCAGCCAAACACAAGUUAAUAAGUAACUGUACUAGAUGUGGGCGUGUUGUUUGUGAUCAAGAGGGAUCUGGACCAUGUCUAUUCUGUGGAAAUCUCGUGUGCACAAGAGAGGAGGAAGAAAUUCUAUCUCGAGGUUCAAAGAAAAGUGAAAAACUACGCCAGUUCUUGAUGAAGGAUGCUCCCUCGGGACUGCUAAGUGGAUCUAUGUUUAAUGGAGACCGAGACUACCUGCCAAAUGAUAGAGCUAAAACGAAGGAAAGUUAUAUCAAAGCAGAACAGCAUAAAGAAAAACUGCUGGAAUAUGAUAGGACCAGUGUGAGGAGAACACAGGUGAUAGACGAUGAAGCGGACUAUUUUUCAACAGACUCAAAUCAGUGGUUAAGUAAGGAAGAUAGAGAAAUGUUACGCAAACGUGAGGAGGAAUUACGUUCUCAGAGGCACGCUUCUCGUAAAGAUAGAAAAAUCACAUUAGACUUUGCAGGACGUCAAGUUAUAGAGGAGGAUAGUUCUAAAAGUGUUAAUAUGUAUGAUGUAAAUGACGAUGUUGUGCAAAGAGUGAACUUUGGUGCUAGACCUAAAGAGAAACAGAAAACAGAUUCAGAUUUUAAAGUAGAAAAUGAUGCUUAUCUAGUCAACCCAACUAUACAGAUUGAACCUCCUAAGUUUGUUCCACAAAAUCCCGUCAAACAUUCAGGAUCUUCAUCAAAGACAAAGGAAACGACAGCCCACGUUGUGUCACGUAUACAGGAUCGGGAAUUACAGGAAAUGUCGGAUGACGGCAUGUGUAUGAGUAUGCACCAACCUUGGGCAUCACUGCUAGUAGCGGGUAUAAAACUACAUGAAGGUAGAACAUGGUAUACAGCACAUAGAGGAAGAUUAUGGAUAGCAGCGACAGCAAAAGCACCUGAUCCAGCUGAAAUAUCCGAGCUUGAACAUAUGUAUAAAACUAUUUAUAAAAAUCGAGAUCUGCAGUUUCCAAGCCAUUAUCCUGUAGGAUGUUUACUGGGCUGUGUAGAUGUUGUAGAUUGUCUUUCACAAGAUACAUAUCAGGAACAGUUUCCUGAUGGGGAAUCAAGUUCACCGUUUGUGUUCAUAUGUGAAAACCCAAAUGAGUUAAUUGUCAAAUUUCCUGUGAAAGGAAAACAUAAAAUAUACAAACUUGAUGCACAUAUACACAAAGCAGCAAAGAAAGGACUGAGAUAGUGCAUGGUGUUGUAUGUGAUAUGGACAGUUAUAGUAUUAGAUCUACAGUCGGCAGUGUGGAACCAGAAAAAACUUGUGUGACAAGUCUAACAUUGCUGAGCAUGAGAAAUGGCAACAGCUUGCAAUUAUUUUUAUGUCUGUUUUUUCAAUACGGUGAAAUGUCAGACAAACACCAGUUGUGCACUUUAUUGUGACCACCCCUUCAAAAGUUUUGGGAGAGGGAGGCACUAAGAGUUGCCUUUGUCCGUCUGUCCAAGCUUUUAGAGCUGUGUAUUACCUGAUGUAUUGUUUUUCCAUGUAAAGUAUAUAAUGAGAGGUGUUCAGAAAUUAUGUAGACUGAUUUUACAUCUUUGAAAUUCUUUGUUCAUCUAAAGUAAACUUUGGAAUUUAGAAUAAGGAACCGUUUCUGCUUCAAACUGUACUUACGAAAAUUGUACAAAGUAAGAGACUAUGAUGUAACCAUAUUAACACACCAUUGGUCUAGGUUACAUUUUCACCUCUUCACUGCAGUCAGCUUGAUAUCUGAAAAUGCAUUAUCAUCAAUAUUUCUGAUAGAAAAUUGCCAUAAAUCCUUUAAUUUCUUUCUGAAUAUUCUGGUGACAUUUCCUGAAAAUUUUACAUAAUUCAAUUUUAGCAGUUUGAAAUAUAGAAGUUUUUCUCAAAGGCGGCCAUUUUUAGUCCUUGGUUUAAAGUAUCUUGACAAGACUAUCUAGAGAUCUAAGCAAAGGUUAAAUGAAGAAAAAAAAAAUAGGGAAAACUGAGACAAAGCUUUAAGAAUGCUUGAAAAAGUAGAGUGAUCAUGACAAAACAUUUUGCAGUUAUCUGCUGAACUUUUUAUAGAUUGAUAAGGCAUAAUUUACCAGUGAAUAUGGUAUCCUAUAUUCUGAUUUUCAAGAGAAACAAAAGAAUUAUGCCAAUUUAUAUGCUUGAUGUUGAUAUCUCAUUGAAUGAUAUUCUAAUUUUUAGCUCAUCUGAUUUUUUGGAAAAAAAUGAUGAGUUAUUGUCAUCACUUGAUCGGCGUCGGCAUUGCCUGGUUAAGUUUUAUGUUUAGGACAGCUUUUCUCCUAAACUAUCAAAGGUAUUGCUUUGAAACUUGGAACACUUGUUCACCAUCAAUAGCUGACCCUGUACAGCAAGAAACAUAACUCCAUCCUGCUUUUUGCAAGAAUUAUGGCCCCUUUUGGACUUAGAAAAUAUCAGAUUUCUUGGUUAAGUUUUAUGUUUAGGUCAACUUUUCUCCUAAACUAUCAAAGGUAUUGCUUUGAAACUUGCAACACUUGUUCACCAUCAUAAGCAGACCCUGUACAUCAAGAAUUGUAACUCCAUCCUGCUUUUUUCAAGAAUUAUGGCCCCUUUUGGACUUAGAAAAUCAGAUUUUUUAGCUGACCCUGUUCAUCAAGAAACAUAACUCCAUCCUGCUUUUUGCAAGAUUUAUGGCCCCUUUUGGACUUAGAAAAUAUCAGAUUUCUUGGUUAAGUUUUAUGUUUAGGUCAACUUUUUCUUUUAAACUAUCAAAGCUAUUGCUUUGAAACUUGCAACACUUGUUCCCCAUCAUAAGCUGACCCUGUACAUCAAGAAACAUAGCUCCAUCCUGCUUUUUGUAAUAAUUAUUGCCCCUUUUGAACUUAGAAAAUCAGUUUUCUUGGUUAAGUAUUAUGUUUAAGUCAGCUUUUCUCAUAAACUACCAAAGCUAUUGCUUUAAAAUUUGCAACAGUUUUUCACCAUCAUAUAAAGCUGACGCUGUACUUCAAGAAACAUAACUUCAUCCUGCUUUUUGCAAGAAUGAUGGCCCUUUUUAGACUUAGAAAAUCAUGGGUAGGACAAUAUUUCUAUUAUACAAAAACAUCUGAUGAGCGUCAGCACCCGCAAGGCGGUACUCUUGUUCCAUAAGUUAUUCUGUGUUCUAUAAGAAAAAGUGUUGAAGAAAUUUUUGAAAAAAAUGAUGAAGAAAAAUAUUGUAAACUAAUUUGACAUCAAAAAGACUUUGCUGACCUGGACCAGAAUGCUUUAUACCUUAAUUAACCCUUACCCAGCUAAAUUUCUAUAAUGAACUUGUCCAUCUUUCAAUUUGGACAGUACCAUUAAUUGGUGCUUACCAAAAAGAAACUGACUGAAUGGUGCACAGUGCAGAUCAUGAUCAGACUGCACUGGUCGCAAAGGCAUAAUCAUUUGCCGCCAGCAAGCUGAGAGUUAUACAAAUUGUUCAAAACAAGUUAGUGCUAAACAACAGGUUCUGAUUCCGUACAUUUGUAGAAGAUACAGUAUUUU